AUGUUAGGGUUUUCUAUAAGAAAGGUCCAUACCGCAUUAAAAUUCACUCACAAUGGACCAAACCUUAAAUCAGCAGUGACUCUUUUUGAUUAGAUUAGAUUAGAUUAGAUUAGAUUAACGCUUUGUAUUUAUAGUCCCCACUUCCUAAGUACCAUGCGUUCGGCAGCGAUUUCGCUGCGGGGUGGGCUCCCUCAAGGCUAUAGUAAUUUCCCGAGGAUGGCGCUAUAUUGCGCCAUCCUAGGGCAAUUCAAAAAUAACCCCACACCGGGAAUUGAGCCCACGUGUGGGGCUAUUUUUUUUGGUAUGUGGAGAACAUCGACUUCCACGCACCAAAAAUGGCCCCACACGUGGGUUCAAUUCCCGGUGUGGGGCCAUUUUUUAAAUUGCCCAAGGAUGGCGCAAGAUAGCACCAUCCUUGGGCAAUUGCAAUAACUUAGGCCCUGGCCGAAACCCCCGGUUUCUCGGUAGUGGUAUUUCCUUCCGAAUCCGAAUCAUACGGAUUUUGCCGGGAACCACUAUUUCCAACCUAAGCGCCAGCAUUACCCAACCCUGCUUAGCUCGGCCAGAUCGCCCCCUUUUUCAGGGUCCUUUUUAACUGGAGGCAGGGAUUGUGGAGGAGAUCGUACAGGAAAUCGAGUGGUUAAUUGCUGAAAAGGAGAGGAAGGAACUCCUAGUGGAGGAAGAGGCCUGAAGCACGACAGCGAUAGUCAUUGAAUCGUCCGGCUGCUAAAGGGUCAGCUGGUCUCCUUACGUGGCAGACAGCCGGAAGGUCGCCGCGGGGAGGUUGCUUCCGUGGGGAAGGGCUUGCUGCCCGGAAAAAACUGCCGGGUGAUGGCUCUUUUGGGGCUCUUUGGAGGUUGCUGGCCUUUAGGGGGUUGAUGUUUUGGGGUCGAUGCUCCGGGAGUUGAGGGAGUUGAGGGAGUUGAGGGAGUUGAGGGAAUUCUAGGAAUUGUGGAGUCUGGAGCCUGGGAGAUUCUGGGAGAACUGUGAGAUUCUGGGAGAUCUGGAAGUGGUUUUUUGAAGUGAUGUUGGUUCUGGGAGUGGUGGCGUUUGGGUAAUGCUGGUUCUGGGAGUGGUGCUUGGAGUGAUGGUGGCUCUGGGAGUGUUGGUCGAAGUAGUGUGACGCUGUGAAAUUGGGUAGGGAUAAGGUAAAUUUUUUCUUCUUCUUUUAACUGGAGAGACUGACGCCCUUGAGAUCUGAGUCGAGCUUCGCCUUCCCCUCUUUUCCGGAUUAGCUCCGAGAAAGAACUCAACUCCUUACGGGAUUCGCAGCGAAGUCACCAAGUAGCCUAGGCAGGCAACUCACCCCGCCUCUUUCGGACACGGAGUCUGGGCCUCAGCGCUACUGGCAAAAAGAAUGCGAAAAACUGCUGCCCGGGUCAAGCCCCAAAAUCAGCGGAAAUUGGGCUGGGCCUCUCGCCUCGAAGCUAACUCUUCCCUUGAGUAGCUCUCCGCAUCCAAAAACCACGUCGGUAUACAUAAGGUUACCCGCCACGGAAGGACGGGUUGCUCGUCUCCGGUCAUUUUAUGUAUAUAGUGACUCUUUUUGAUAAAGAAAAAGGCGCACCAAAGUCAGCAAAAUUAAAUCAAGCAGAGCUAGAUGAUUUAAAAACAUUAAAAUCUAUAUGGACAUAUCCGAAAGGGACAUAUGAUAGGAUUUUAUAUCAAGAACUAGAUGAAAAAGACAUUUUCUCUAGCGCUAAUAAGACAAUCACUGCUUUAAAAGCUAGAAAUCUUGAAAAUUCCGAUGUCUUAUUCCCUCGGGGAACAAAACAAGAGGAAUUAGAAAUUUGGGCAAAUACAGCUUUGCUAAAGAAUUAUAAAUUUUCAGCAAAAUCAAGCAAAGAAAAUAUAGCUUUUUGCCUUGAGUGGCGCGGUAUGGGCGCCACUUCGGCAAGCUCCUUCUUCCAGUUGGCCGAGCCAACUCAGGUUGGUUCGACCAACUGGAGAAUUGACAAGUGAGGCCUUUGGGGAGACUUGUCAAUUCUAGUUGGCCGAACCAACCUAAGUUGGCUCGGCCAACUGGAAGAAGGAGCUUGCCGAAGUGGCGCCCGUACCGCGCCACUCAAGGCAAAAAAGCAUAAAGAAGAGGAAAACGGUGAAGAGAAAAAUGAUAAAAAAGAACUGACAGAACUAAAUUUGCUUCACAAUUUAACAAUUGAUGAGUCAAGCUGGAAUCAAUCAAUCCACUCUGGGGUAUGCGCAUUAUACGCAAGAGAUCUUUGCAAUACCAGAGGAACUGAAGGAAAUACUGAAUUUCUGGCUGCACAAGCUCAAAAACUGUAUUCAGAUAAUCCUGGCAAGGUUGAAAUGCAAGUUAUCAAAGGUGAAGAAUUAAGAGAAAGAGGCAUGAAUUUAUUAUAUUCAGUCGGCAAAGGAGCUUCAACGCCACCAUACUUGAUUCUUCUUAAGUACAACGGAAACCCUCAAAACACCAAGAAACUUGCAUUAGUUGGCAAAGGACUGACUUUUGAUACUGGUGGACUCAAUUUAAAGCCAACCAACUCAAUUGAAGACAUGUAUUUAGACAAAUCAGGAGCCUGCAUUACGUUAUCAGCAUUUAAAUGGGCAGUCGAAAUGUCAAUCCCAAUCAAUCUUACAUGCACCUUAGCAAUUGCAGAAAAUGCGAUUUCCCACAAAUCAUACAAACCUCUUGAUAUAAUAAAGUCACUUAAAGGCUUAACUGUAGAAAUUGGCAACACAGACGCUGAAGGGCGCUUAUGUCUUGCUGACGCUUUUACGUAUACUCAGCAGCAGGAAAAGCCUGAUACUUUAAUAGACCUAGCCACUUUGACUGGAGCUUGUGUAGUAGCACUAGGUGAGCAAACUGCUGGAAUUUUUGGCAAUGAUAGCGCUUUGAUUAAUCAAAUAAUCAAAUCAGGAGAAUUUUAUAAAGAAGAUUUAUGGCAACUACCUAUAAGGAAAGAACAUAAGAAAGCUAUUGAAGGAGCAGCUGCUGAUAUCAAUAACUCUGGAAAAUCUAGAUAUGGAGGAGCCAGCCAGGCUGCAUCGUUUUUACAGAAUUUCAUAGAAAAAGAUGUGAAAUGGGCUCAUUUAGAUAUUGCAGGACCAGCUAUGAGCAAAGCAGAUAGAGAACAGUUUUCAAAAGGUGGGACUGGAUUUGGAACGCAAACAUUAACAAAAUAUAUCCAAAAAAGAGUUGAAGAAGAAGCUAAGGCAAGUAAAUAA